AAAAUCUUCCGCGAUUUCUGGAUUGAAAGAAAUGGCUCCUGUAACACGCAUCUGCAUGCUCAACGCCGACAUACCCGUCCCGAAUGUAUUCGCCAAACGAGCCCCCACUUACGGCCGCAUAUUCCACCAACUCCUCGCCCGCGCAUCACCGAAUAUCACGAUUCAAUCAAUGGAUUUCGACGUCAUGAAAGAUCAAUAUCCCUCGUCACUCGAGAGUUUUGACGCCAUCAUCAUCAGCGGCUCAGCAAAUUCCGCAUACGACGACCAACCCUGGAUCCGCACACUGGAAGCAUACAUCCGCAAUGUGUACCUUCACCACCCAUGCGUAAAAAUCUUCGGAAGCUGUUUCGGCCACCAGAUUAUGUGCCAAAGUCUAUUGAAAAAGCAUGGAGUGCGUGUUGAGAAAGACCCAAAGGGCUGGGAAAUAGGUGUCCAGGAAGUUAAGCUGCACGAGAGGUUCCUGAGGGCAUUUAGAGAGGGAGGGACACGGUUGGACGAGAACAUGCGGUUGCAAUUUGUGCACCAUGAUCAUGUAGUUAUACCUGACGUGGAGUCAUUACCAGCAGAGUGGAUGGCGGUUGGGAGUACCGAUCACUGCGCAGUCCAGGGAAUCUACGAGCCAGGACGUGUCCUUACUCUACAGGGGCACUUUGAGUUCGAUCGGUUCGUGAACAGCGAGUGCAUCAAGUACUUCUUUGGAUCAGACUGGGACCAGGAUAAGUUGGACGAGGCUUUGAAGGCCAUUGAUGCGGAUGAUGACUCGAAAACUGCUAGAGCGAUGAUACUUGAUUUCUUUCUCGAGAAGGGCGUCGACGUCAUCGGUGCAAAUUACGGCGUUGUUGUAGGGCUACUUACACCCCCAGAUGAGUGAUGCGGUUGCGCUGGAGCGUUGAGCUCAUCGCUUGCUUCGGAUGGAGCCACGGCACGCUUAUAUCUCAUGACUUUGUACAGAUCAGUCGGCCUUACAGAAGAUGGUUGCCACAAUCUUGUCUUUUAUCACACCUGAGAGACACGUGACAUUCGCGCCGAGGGAUGGAGUUUCCCGGACACCCGUAAAAUCUCCCUUCCAUGUUUGUGCAGAGAGUUGAAGCCGCGAGAUACUAGACAUGGUAUCUCACAUCUUGUAGUAAUCUAUAAUACCUGUGGACGGGAGUAGACC